AUGUACGGCCAUUACAUGUACAUGUCGUCCUUCAAUCCGGACAUCUUUGCGUUUCUCGACUUCCAUCCGGAUGGGCAUGGUGACUACUCCAAAGCAUGUGGUUGCUGUUUACGACUGAUGCAACAGAUGAUCAUGGUUCUCACGCGUCUUAACUUCUCAAGAGUUGUAGAUAUAUUUACAUGUAUGGAACCACAUGUGUCGGCAGCUGGUCCCAUGCCCGCGAUGCGAUCUUCCCUUUGA